ACACAAUGCCGGUGUAGCAUUUUGAUGUUUGACAGUAGCUAGCUACCAUAGCUGUGUAGGUCGUCUAUAGUCACGUUAGAUCUCUGUGUAGAAAGCUUUAGUAAACAUUUUCUGAUGCGACGUAUACCUAAUUCACCUGAUAGUGAAUCGACGAGGAUAAUCAUAUUAAAUGAUAUUUAGAUCAAAAUUGAAGGUCGUGACUCGUGUUAUCUAGAAAAGCAUCAUAGCUUGGCUAACUAGCUUAGCAGGCAGCCAUCUAAAUGAAUUGAGUUGACCCCCCCAAGGAGGAAAAUAUGCAUUUGGCAGAUUUCGUUGCUGGUUCCGUUGGAGGAGCCUUUGGAGUGGCUGUGGGGUAUCCUUUGGACACAGUGAAGGUGAGAAUACAGACACAAAGGAGAUUCACAGGAGUUUGGCAAUGUAUUCAUACUACAUGGAAGACCGAAGGGGUGAAUGGAUUCUACAGGGGCAUGUCCAUGCCAGUCACCACUGUAUCCAUCAGCUCCUCUGUAGUGUUUGGCGUCUACAGGAAUGUCCUGCAGUGUUUACAUCAACUACGAUCCACCUCCACAGGUUUGGAUUUUCUGCCAGCCAAAGUGGACUUCUUCUUGUCCGGGUUGUCAGGAGGUGUUGCCCAGGUAUCUGUGAUGGCACCAGCUGACAUAGUAAAAGUACGGAUGCAGUGUCAGAUGGUACACCAAGGCUUGGACGCUCAGCAACCCAAGUAUCGCGGCCCAAUGCACUGUCUGCUGACCAUCGCUCGUGAAGAGGGCUUCCUCGGACUGUACAAGGGAGCUGGUGCCCUCGCCCUGCGAGACGGCCCCUCUUUUGCCACCUACUUCACUAUUUACCACGUUAUCUGUGAGCAGCUAUCCCCACCUGAGAAUACCCAGCCAGAGUGGAAUGUGGUUCUGCUUGCUGGUGGACUGUCAGGGAUGUGUGGCUGGUGCAUAGGGACACCCAUGGACGUGAUCAAAUCCCGUCUGCAGGUGGACGGUAUGGGCAAGAGGAGAUACACAGGUUUCUUCCACUGCAUCUCACAGAGCAUACGCACUGAGGGGCCGGGUGUUCUCUUCAAAGGCCUGGGCCUCAAUUGCAUACGGGCCUUCCCUGUCAACAUGUCCGUGUUCGCCAUGUACGAGGUGGUUGUGCGCCUCCUCCGACCGAAAACUUGAAUUUAAAGGCUUGGUUUGUUCAUUAGGUGCCGAAUGGACUGAAAUAGGAACUACUGGUCCGAGAACAAAUUUGGACACGGUCUGCACUAAUGAAUCCAACCUUGUCUUUGAAGACUUGGGUGAUGGGAUUCUAUUUUAAUUGUUUCUCAUGCCAUUUUCCAUGACUAGAAUAACACUCAAUCCAUUGUUUUAUCAUUAUUCACCUUUGCCUCAGUUGUUGCUAUGUGAUUUUUAUAUAGUGCCAUACUGCCCUAUAAGGGCAAACUACAAUUCCUCAGUAAGAUUUAUUUGAAAUAUUCCUGCAUAGUAUUUAAAGGGAAAAUAUGAAUUGAAAAUGAAUACUAAGCUAAAACAGUUUUAUGGUUGAGUUCUGAUUGUUUAGCAAUAGGGCCUAAUAGUACUACAGAAACUUCAUUAUUUUGACUUACCUACUUUUUACACAUUCCCUCACUGACCUUAGAACAUAACAGGGGUGUGUUUUACACCGCAGGAUCACUUCAUUUCAAUGACUAGAACUGAAGCUGACGGACAACGUGGCUUAGAAAAUAUGAAGUUUUUCCUGAAUACUGUAUUAAUGAAAGUUACUUGUUGAUCCUGCCCAAAUAAUUAUCCCACUGUUCAUAUCGCUCCCGUCGGCAGCUCGGAAACAAGCGUCUUUGAAGUAGGGCCACCAUCCAGCAAACUGCAGUAUACUGGGGGUCGAUCAUCAGUAUUUAGGAAUUGAUUCACUUCUACCACAGGCUUUCACCUCACCUUCAGUAUGAAAGAGAGCAAAGCCUGGCAGCUGAGGCUAGGAAUUUAUCAACUUUGCUUUGUUACUGUAGCCAAGCAGUAUCAAUUAUUUGUCCUUGACUUGGACAGUAUUUAAUGGUACUGCCUAAACUCCCAGUUCUCAAAAAUACUGCAAGUCAUUCUCUGUAUACCACAUGUACGUGAGAUUUGGUGUUUGAGAAAAAACAAAACUUCAAGUAGCGCAUCUGAUUUUGCUGUGAGUGAAACGUAUAAGGGAGUUUUAACACGCACAAACAUUUCAGCAGUGUAAAGUGAAAAAAUAAAAUAUAUUUAAUGACUGAAUAAAGAUUCACAAGACAGACA